AUGCUGGCAACGUCCCAGCAAGUGAAUCUGAAGUCUCAAGAACGAGUUGAUGCGUAUUGCUGCCUAUUGUCUUGUUGGGCAAAGAAGGAUCUGUGGCUAGUGGGAAACCUCGUUUACCAGUAUGCCACUAAGGAUAUGGAAGAACGAUUCUACUAUUCUGGCGGAAGCGUGCGUGAAUUUACACUUGCUACAUCGGAGGACAUACGCAGCGCAAUUGAUGAUGCGAUCAGUGGUGUGGAUGAUAUCUCAAACCUGCUCUCCAACAACUCCAGUGUAUUGACGGGGACGUCGCAAGCUGAUCGAUUGCGCCAUACAUUCGUCAAAGAUGCUGAUGACACAAAUCAUUUUAUCGCCAGGCGGUAUUGGGAGCAAGUCAUCGACUCGGAAUAUGCCGUUCUUACACUUUCUAUCCGGCUGCGAUCGGACGCGCUGUUUCGAAUUUAUGCAUGGGCUCGAAGCGCUAAACAUGGAUCACUUGCUGGAAGCGUUUUUGAGGUCUAUGUACACAGUCUAGCUGCUGACAACAUGUUGAGACUUCACAUCUCCGAAUAUGAUCCACCGACAUAUAGGAAACCAAAUGAACCUCGUGGUUAUGAAUUCAAGCCAGUGCUUCUCAAAACAGGUACUGCUGUUCAAUGGGGGACCUCAGGAGAGUCAAGCGAGUACAAGCCUUAUUUGGAAGAAUGGCGGGACAAUACCAAUCUCACUUAUUGGUUUCCUGCGUGCGACAAUUUCCCCAACAUUGACAGCAUUGUGAAGCUUGAGUCAGGCGGCGUGGCGUACCUUCAAGUGACUGUCGCAGAAAAGCAUAAAAUCAGCAGUACGCAUAUGAAUGAGAUGAAUGCGAUUUUCGGUGGCGCGAAUAUGACCAUACCACCAAUCUACAUUGCGAUUUGUCCUGACCGAAAUUCAUGCCAAAAGUUUGUUCUCAACUCGCGCGCUGAAGCUGUAUUGGCGAGAAGGAUGUGUCCAGUGUUUGUGGGCUACUUCGAGGAAUAUCAGCUCGCAUCUGCGGCAGAUGGCCCGAAGAACAACAUUUCGGUGAAACCAGUUCCUCCCGAGCACACAUACAGCAGACGCAAGAGGCAACGUGCAUCGUAG